UUAUGGUAUUGUAGUCAGGAAGCCAGAAUUGUGGAGGCCAAAAAGCAUGCUGGGGCUGUGUUCCAAACAUUGAGAUAGAGGUACAUAAUUAUCCAGCACAGGAGGUCUUUCCAGGGACUCGUCCCCCAGCAACUGUGGCAAUUAAACUAUGAAAAGAAUUUGGUUUCGCUUCAUCUUCGCUGGACUCCACUUCUUCUGGGAGAGUGCAAUCCUUGAAGCCCGUUUGCUGUCCGGGUGGUAAAGAGUGGUUUGGCUCCAUGGAUGGGUGCAGAGCUCUGAUUUUUGCGUUCUUGCACCUUCACAAGCCAGGAGUUUGGGUUUGCUGCUGCCCUGUGGAUGAAGAAUCUCUUCUUUCUGCCGGCAGAUGUUGAGGUGCAGGAGCCAAUAAAAAUCUUCAGCAGCAGCCGGCGUUCCAAGGGAGGAGGCACUGCCCUGGCCGAAGGCACAGCUUUCUCUCCAUGCUUCUCUAGAGGUGCUCAGAUGGGAUUAAAGUCCACAUGGAGAUAUGGAAAUGGACCAGGAAUUUACUCUAAAAAGAUGGUCAGCUGGGAUUCGGGUUGCCUUAUCUGCCUGGUGGUGGUCACCAUGGCUGGACUUUGCCUGGCUCGACCUUCGUUUAAUUUAGUUGUUGAAGACACCACGGUGGAACCCGAAGAGCCGCCAACCAAAUAUCAAAUCUCUCAGCCAGAUGUUUACUCAGCACUUCCAGGAGAGCCGCUUGAGUUGCGCUGUCAAUUGAGAGACGCCGUCAUGAUCAGUUGGACUAAGGAUGGGCUCCCUUUGGGGCCUGACAAUAGGACAGUGAUUAUUGGGGAGUACUUACAAAUUAAGGAUGCCACAGCCAGAGAUUCGGGCCUCUAUGCUUGCACUGCUGUUAGGACCCUAGACAGUGAUACUCUGUACUUCAUUGUAAAUGUCACAGAUGCUCUUUCCUCUGGGGAUGAUGAAGAUGACAAUGAUGGGUCCGAGGACUUUGUGAAUGACAGCAACCAGAUGAGGGCUCCUUACUGGACACACACGGACAAGAUGGAGAAGAGGCUCCACGCCGUGCCGGCCGCCAACACCGUCAAGUUCCGCUGCCCGGCCAUGGGGAACCCGACGCCGACCAUGCGCUGGCUCAAGAACGGCAAGGAGUUCAAGCAGGAGCACCGCAUUGGCGGCUACAAGGUCCGAAACCAGCACUGGAGCCUGAUCAUGGAGAGCGUGGUGCCGUCGGACAAAGGGAACUACACGUGCAUAGUGGAGAACCAGUACGGCUCCAUCAACCACACCUACCACCUGGACGUGGUUGAGCGCUCCCCGCACCGGCCCAUCCUGCAGGCGGGGCUCCCCGCCAACGCCUCGGCCGUGGUGGGGGGCGACGCCGAGUUCGUCUGCAAGGUGUACAGCGAUGCCCAGCCCCACAUCCAGUGGAUCAAGCACGUGGAGAGGAACGGCAGCAAGUACGGGCCGGACGGGCUGCCCUACCUGCAGGUGUUAAAGCACUCGGGGAUAAAUAGUUCCAAUGCUGAAGUGCUGACACUGUACAAUGUGACAGAGGCGGACGCUGGAGAAUAUAUUUGUAAGGUCUCCAAUUAUAUAGGGGAGGCCAACCAGUCUGCCUGGCUCUCUGUUCUGCCAAGCGCACAAGCUCCUGAGAAAGAGAAGGAAUACCCAGCCUCUCCAGACUACCUGGAAAUAGCAAUUUACUGCAUAGGGGUGUUCCUGAUUGCCUGCAUGGUGCUGACCGUGGUCGUGUGCCGCAUGAAGAACACCACCAAGAAGCCGGAUUUCAGCAGCCAGCCCGCCGUCCACAAGCUGACCAAGAGAAUCCCCCUGCGCAGACAGGUAACAGUGUCGGCCGACUCGAGCUCCUCCAUGAAUUCCAACACCCCUCUGGUGAGGAUCACCACCCGCCUCUCCUCCACUGCUGAUGCCCCCAUGCUGGCAGGAGUCUCGGAGUAUGAGCUGCCAGAAGACCCAAAGUGGGAGUUCCCAAGAGAUAAGCUGACUCUGGGCAAGCCCCUGGGAGAAGGCUGCUUUGGGCAAGUGGUCAUGGCCGAGGCCGUGGGGAUUGACAAGGACAGGCCAAAAGAGGCAGUGACCGUGGCAGUGAAGAUGUUGAAAGAUGAUGCCACAGAAAAAGACCUGUCUGACCUGGUGUCAGAGAUGGAGAUGAUGAAGAUGAUUGGGAAGCAUAAAAAUAUCAUCAAUCUUCUUGGAGCCUGUACCCAGGAUGGCCCCUUGUAUGUGAUAGUGGAAUAUGCUUCCAAGGGGAACCUGCGGGAGUACCUGCGGGCGCGCCGCCCACCCGGCAUGGAGUACUCCUUCGACAUCAACAGGGUGCCCGAGGAGCAGAUGACCUUCAAGGACCUGGUGUCCUGCACCUACCAGCUGGCACGAGGCAUGGAGUACCUGGCUUCCCAAAAAUGCAUCCAUCGAGACUUGGCCGCAAGAAAUGUUUUGGUAACCGAAAACAACGUCAUGAAAAUAGCAGACUUUGGUUUAGCCAGAGACAUCAACAAUAUAGAUUAUUAUAAAAAGACUACUAAUGGACGGCUUCCAGUAAAGUGGAUGGCUCCAGAAGCUCUGUUUGACAGAGUUUACACACAUCAAAGUGAUGUCUGGUCAUUUGGUGUGCUAAUGUGGGAGAUCUUCACCUUAGGAGGGUCACCCUACCCAGGAAUCCCAGUGGAGGAACUUUUCAAGCUGCUUAAAGAAGGGCACCGGAUGGAUAAACCUGCCAACUGCACCAAUGAGCUCUAUAUGAUGAUGAGAGAUUGCUGGCAUGCUGUGCCUUCUCACAGACCCACUUUCAAACAGUUGGUGGAGGACUUGGACCGGAUUCUCACUCUCACAACUAAUGAGGAGUAUCUGGACCUCAGUGGACCUCUGGAGCAGUAUUCGCCCAGCUACCCCGACACCAGGAGCUCGUGCUCCUCGGGGGACGACUCCGUGUUCUCUCCCGACCCGAUGCCUUACGAACCUUGUCUCCCCAAGUACCAGCACAUCAACGGGACUGUGAAAACAUGAAAAGAGCAGCCACCAGGCAAGAGCAUCAGGCUACCUGCCAUGUAUGCAAAGCAAAAGCUUUUCUCCAGGACCUUCGUGUUUCUGCUUGUACAUAGGAAAUAUGGAAAAAAGAAAAAAAAAAAAAAAAAAAAAAA